AUGGACCAACAUAGCAGCACCAAUUCCUUCGGAAAACGCGACAAUGACGAUCCAUCAAGAAGAGAAGAAUAUCCAUUAAGAUCCCAAAGAGAAGAAUAUAUGUCAACACUAAAACGAGGAAUGUGGGAGGUUCACCAAGACUCGAGAAGAGACACAGACUCCUACGCUUCAGGAUCCGAUAGAAAUCAAUCAAGGAGGGUGGUAGAUAGCUAUAGACCAGACUAUAGACGACGCAAUGCAUAUUAUCCUCGAGUUCCCCACCGCAAUCAUGCGGCUCGACACCCUUUGCGGCUUGGUCCUGGUGUGCGUGAGACCACUACUCAAGGAUCCCAAGCUUCACGCUUCAAUACCGUGAGAACUUCGCUUAGCAAUGCUGCAGGAUCUACAGACACAUCGCAGGAGUUCGAGUCAGCGCCACCAGUCUCGCAUCCUGUAGAGGCCGCGCCUUCCCCAGAGAGAGAAGUGGCCCCUUCAUCCAGAGCCGACGAUGAACACGAGCUCAUUUCCUCACAUGCCGGAGGUCCAUUACGUCGAUUCACCAAGAAAAUGUGUGACAUCAUCACCGAGAGUAUUACAGAAGAUGCUGAUGAUUACAUGAGCGCGAUCGAGAUUCUCGGCAGAGCGUGCAAUAAAGUUGCAUUUAAAACCGGUGCGACUCUCCAAGUACACGACUGUUGGUUGUACUGGCGCAAGAAAAUUAUCCAAAGCAAUAUUCGUCUAUGUUGGCCUGAGAGUUUAAGUGAUGUCGACAAGGAGGUCGAAGAGUAUAGGCAAUUGAAGGUUAUCAUGCCCGAUACUGCUAGAGCAGCCUAUGCAACUAAAUUUGCUACAACACCAGUCAUUGCUGAGAGCUCUGCAUCCGCCGGGACUACCGAGACUAUGGCGGCACCAGGCCCAGCUAGAACUUCUAGGUAUUGGCCUCAAGUAGAGAAGGAUUUCCUUUUUGAACAGGUGAAAAACCGUCGAGAUAUCCAACAUGUUGUGAAAGCCAAUGGGCUCUGGAUAAGGAUUGGGAUAGCCAUGAAACGCGAGGGAUACACUAGAACAUCGGGGGAAUACCGCGAAUGGUUUAAGAAGCACGGUCGCAGGCAAUACAACUACAACGAAACGCUUUACUAUUCGCAGUCUAGCGGUCGUCGUGUCAGCGCUGGUAGAAUGCAACACGAGGUUAUGACACCAGAAGACACUCCAGUCGGCGAUGCUCCUAGCAGAAGAAGAAGAGGUUUGCGGCUGAAUAGCAGCAGGGUAAGGCCUCGUGUUACCAUGGCGCAGAGAUCACCCCCAACUCCCCGGACUCCCAAGCCUGUCAAGCCACGGAUGUCCAGUGUGGUAAUACACGACAUUAAAAGUGUGGCGACCGGCUAUAGAAUUCGGGACAGAACUGCAAAAGCAGCAGGAGAUUUCCCUCUACCCUUGAUCACGCCGUCUACUGGUGAGCGUUUCGAACCUUUCACGACUGAGCCGCUGGUAACCUAUGAUAAUCCUCCGUCGCCAGCCACUAGCCCGCCCGGAAGUCCUCUGUUCGUAGCCGAGGAUGAGCCGCAGAUCGAGCGAGAUCUCGUGCCAUCAGCUCGGAAUUCGACUACUUCUCGCUUGUCCCCUCCACCUGCAUUGACAGAUUCACAAGUUAUGUUGCCAGAUGAGACAACUGCACCCGAGGAAGCAUUGGAACCAGGCGAGAUAAUGACAUCAGAUGAAGGAAUAUAUUCGGGAGACCCAACAACGUCAGACGAAAGAAUCGGUUCCAGAGAGACAAUAGCAGCAGAAGUUGAGCAUACACCAUCACUCCAAGCAAACGAAACAGAGAAUGUAGAAGAUUGUACACAAUGGGUGAGCAAUGAAUGGGGCUUCGUCACUUCCCCCACAAUGCGACCCAGUGAAAUGGAUGAUAUGGCACAAAUCGAUAAUCACAUCGAUUUCAGAACCAGCCACAUCCCCGCAAGCACUAAUUCCAGCGAUCCAUCCACAUCUACAGCGCCUCCAUUCUUUGAUGAUUCCCUGACAUCAAACGAGACGAUUGAAGAGGCCCCGUUGCCCCAACCAGUCUCCACAAGUGAUGUCGAGUCCGAAAUUCAUAACGGCUCGGAAUCAGAGACACAGUUGUUACGAGAACAGCAGGAGCGGACUGAUCUUGAGAUCUCCAACUUGCGAGCAAAUUAUCUGAGAGUCAAGGAAGCAGAAGAGGAUGAUAGGAAGAAACUUGAUGAUAUCGCGGAGGAAUUGGAUAUCGUGAUCUUGAGGAGAGCAGAGCAGUUGGAGAGCCAGACUGCUAAUUUGGCCGAGAUGCAAAGAAUCGAGGCGGAGCUUCAGGAGAAAGAAAAGGUCAAGCAGGCUUUGAGUAAUGCUCUUGAAGAACUGGAGUUUUAUGGAUAG